AUGAAGAACAGAAAAAUCUACUAUUAUUAUAAUAUGCUGAGUGCGGAGUAUAGGGAGUUCAUGACUCCUUCAAAAUAUGUGCAUCUUACUGAAAUAGUGAAUGUCACACGUGAAAGAGAGAUUGAGUUGAAAAAGCAGAUUGAUAGGGGUGAGAGGAGAGCAUUUGAGAAAAAUCCACUCCCCGCAAAGAAACAAAAGCUGAAUGAAGCUCCGAAGAAAGGCGCUGAAAAAGGAGGAGCGCCUCAAUGCAAAAUUUGUGGAAAGAAUCACAAGGGCGAAUGCUAUUUUAAAAACAAACCAUGUCCUACGUGCGGCAAAGUGGGACAUGUAGUUGCAAAUUGCCCAGGGAAGGUGUCGGUAUGUUAUAAAUGUUAUAAACCGGGACACAAAAAGUCUGAGUGCCUGGAGUCAGUUGGAACUAAAGACACCACUGAUUCAAAGCCUGAUGCCCAGAAAGCAAAGGCUAGAUCUUUCCACAUGAUAGCUGUUGAGGCUAAAACCGAACCUGAUGUCGUUUCAGGUAUAUUUCUUGUAAAUUCAAUUCCAGCACGAAUUUUAUUUGAUACGGGUGCAAAUAGAUCUUUUAUAUCACAUCGAUUUAUUCAACACCCUAAAUUCACGUUAACAAAAUUGCCUAUACCACUAGAAGUAGAAAUAGGUGAUAAUAAAAGUUUUAUUGUUUGUGAUAUGUGUUGGAAUUGCAAACUGAGCAUUGACGACAAAGAGUAUUUCGUUGACUUAAUUCCCAUGUCAAUGGGAGAAUUUCAAGUGGUAAUCGGGAUGGAUUGGCUAGCUCGAUAUCACGCGAAAGUAAUAUACAACCGUAAAGAGAUACAACUAAUGUCUCCAAGCGGAAAACAUGUUACUAUUUAUGGGGAGAAAAGCUGCAGCCCCAUAAUCUGUUCUUUCAUCAAAGCCUGCAAGCUGGUUCGACAUGGAUGUAAGGCGUAUAUGGCUUACAUACAUGAUUCUGUUGAGUGUCAGAUGUAA